AUUUAUUUAUCAGCCACUACUUCCUUUUUAGACUGCCGAGGAAAAACAUUGCCACACGAUUUCACAAGUCCUUAUAAAACAUGCCUCAGAAUGAACAUAUUGAACUUCACAGGAAGCGUCAUGGAUACAGACUCGAUUAUCAUGAGAGAAAGAGGAAGAAGGAAGGGAGAAAAGCUCAUGAAAUGGCAGAAAAAGCCAAAAAGCUCAGAGGAAUAAGAGCUAAAUUAUACAACAAGAAACGACAUGCAGAAAAAGUUCAAAUGAAGAAAACAAUAAAGAUGCAUGAGGAAAGAAAAACAAAGCAGAAGAAUAAUGAUGAAGUACCAGAGGGAGCAGUACCUGCGUACUUGUUGGACCGGGAGGGUCAGAGUCGUGCCAAGGUCUUGUCAAACAUGAUCAAACAGAAACGCAAGGAGAAAGCUGGAAAAUGGGAUGUUCCAUUACCUAAAGUUAGAGGAAUGAGUGAAGCAGAAGUCUUCAAAGUUAUCAAAAGUGGCAAAACAAAACGAAAAGGCUGGAAAAGAAUGGUCACUAAAGUUUGUUAUGUGGGUGAAGGAUUCACAAGAAAACCACCCAAAUUUGAAAGAUUCAUUCGCCCUAUGGGCCUACGAUUCAACAAAGCACAUGUAACACAUCCAGAACUUAAAGCUACAUUUUGUUUACCCAUCAUCGGUGUGAAGAAAAAUCCAACAUCAACCAUGUACACAAGUUUGGGCGUCAUCACAAAAGGAACCAUCAUUGAGGUUAAUAUCAGCGAAUUAGGUCUUGUGACACAAGCUGGCAAAGUGAUAUGGGGUAAAUAUGCCCAGGUGACAAACAAUCCUGAAAACGAUGGAUGUAUCAACGCUGUACUAUUGGUGUAACUUUGCUUAUAAAUAAAACUCGGCAGUCA